AUGGAUCCACCGCAAGAGUCGGCCGCCGCCGGCCGCAAGCGGCGCCGGCGAGGAGGCGUCCGGAAUCGCAAAAAGCUUUCCUCGCAGAGGGGGCUUCCUCCAGCGGCUGCGCCCCCAACGCCGUCGUCCCCACCGGUCAAGCGGCGGCGCAAGGACAUCGCUGGCCAGGCCGCCGCCAUGCCGAAGAGAGGCAACACCUCGAGCCUACUGGACAAGAUGCGUGCAAGGUUAUCUGGUGGCCAUUUCAGAAUGUUAAACGAGAAGCUAUACACCUGCAGUGGAGAGGAUGCGUUUGACUACUUCAAAAAUGACCCUAAUCUUUUUGAUGUGUAUCAUACAGGAUAUCAAGAGCAGAUGUCACACUGGCCUGAACAGCCAGUGAAUGUAAUAAUCAAUUGGUUGAAGAGUCACAAUGCAUCAUGGACUGUUGCUGAUUUUGGCUGUGGCAAUGCCGCAGUUGCAAAAAAUGUGAAGAACAAGGUUUUCUCCAUUGAUCUUGUUUCAGAUGAUCCUUCAGUGAUUGCUUGUGAUAUGGCUCAUACUCCAUUGGAGCCAUCCUCUAUAGAUGUUGCAAUAUUUUGUCUUUCUUUGAUGGGAAUCAACUAUCCAAGUUACUUAGAGGAAGCAAAUAGGGUUCUCAAGCCAAG